ACCAACCUAACAUAUAUCCCCCACCAUGCAAACCACUAAACCCAUUCUAUUGACACUCUCUGUAGUGGUACUCUUUGUAUUAGCAUUUUCCAUUUCUUCAUUUCUCAAAAUCACAAAUAACCACCACACACUUCCAUUAUUCACACAAACCACCCCACUCCACAUCCACAUUCACAAACACAUCCAAACACAAACCGCACAAACACAUUGUGAUGGUUCACUAUACUACGAACUAUGUGUACAAACUCUCACAACAAUCUUACCGAAUCUUGAAUCCAAAACAAUACCCGAUAUCAUUUCCGCUACGAUAAAUAGUACGAUAUACGAUGUCCGGUCCACCGACUUCAAUGUGUCUGCCAUUCGUAAGAAGCUUCGCAACCUUAGCCCUCUUGAAAUCCGGGCACUUGAUGAUUGUCACUCUUUGUUCCUUGAAACCGUGAAUGAACUCAACUCGGCUAUAAAUGGUCUUAAACAAACACCCUAUGGUAAACACUAUGACCUCCAGACGCUUCUCAGUGCCUCCAUGACAAAUCAAGCAACUUGUCUAGACGGAUUCUCGUAUAGUAAAUCGAGAAACAAGAUACGUAGAUACUUUCGUAAAUCGUUGCGUGGCAUUUCUCGUCAGGUGAGUAACUCACUAGCGUUACUAAAAAAAUUGAAUGGAACAUCUAAAGGGAAAACCGAAUCAACAUUUCCAGAGUAUGGUGAAAUGUCGGGUGGAUAUCCGGGGUGGGUUAGAAAGAAGGAACGGGCAUUGUUGCAAGCAUCGGUGAACGAGACGGUUUACGACUUAGUCGUGGCAAAAGACGGGAGUGGGAACUUUACAACAAUCGGGGACGCGUUAAACGCGUCUCCAAACAUGAGUACAACUAGGUUUGUUAUAUAUAUAAAAGCAGGUGCAUAUUAUGAAUAUUUGGAGAUUGAUAGUAGGAAGCCAAUGAUAAUGCUUGUUGGUGAUGGAAUUGGAAAAACACUAAUUAAAGGUAACCGGAGUGUGGUCGACGGCUGGACAACUUUCCGAUCAGGCACUGUCGCCGUGGUGGGCAACAAUUUCAUAGCCAAAGGUAUCACAUUCGAGAACUACGCCGGCACCGUGAAACGCCAAGCCGUGGCAUUACGUAGCGGGUCUGAUUUCUCGGUGUUCUACCAAUGUAGCUUUGUGGCGUACCAAGACACGCUCUACGUCCACUCCUUUCGUCAAUUCUAUCGUGAAUGUGACAUUUAUGGUACCAUAGAUUUCGUUUUUGGUAACGCAGCAGUUGUUUUCCAAAAAUGUAACCUAUAUGCCCGCCAACCCGAACCAAACCAAAGAAAUUUAUUCACGGCCCAAGGACGAGAUGACCCAAACCAAAACACGGGUAUUUCACUAUUAGAAUGUAAAAUAGCGGCCGGGUCAGAAUUGGUACCGAACCAAACUAUGUUUAAGUCAUACCUUGGCCGACCAUGGAGAGUGUAUUCAAGGACAGUGGUUAUGCGGUCAUACAUUGGAGACCUUAUUGACCCGGCUGGAUGGUUGGAGUGGUCAGGUGACUUUGCGUUGAGUACGCUUUAUUAUGGUGAGUAUUUGAAUAGAGGGCCGGGUUCAAAUACGAGUAGUAGGGUUACUUGGCCCGGUUAUAAGGUCAUUGUCAAUGAGACCGAGGCAGGACAAUUUACGGUUGGUAAUUUUAUUCAAGGCGGGCAAUGGUUAAAUGCUACUGGAGUUCCAUACUAUCUUGGAUUGAAUUGAAAACGUAAGAUGUUUUUAUUCUAGCGAGUUAAUUUGUGCUCGAAAUGUGAUCAACUUCAUGAAUUUGAAACAUAGAACAUUCAAAGUCAUAUAUAUAGAUCAAAUGUAACUUUUUCCUACCCUAUAGAUUCAAGAAUUUGCUAUUUUUUCAUUAUGAUGAUA